AUGUCGCUGCGGGAGCCGAGUCCGUGCCGCGCCGUCGAGGCCGGAGAGGAUGCGGCGGCGGCGCUGGCGGAGCCGGAUGGUCCGGACCCGUGCUUGGCGCUGCUGCCCUGGGACCGCUUCUCGGCCUGGCUGCACUGCGUGUGUGUGGUGGGCUUUGACCUGGAGCUGGGCCAGGCGGUGGAGGUGAUAUAUCCUCCACAUUCAAAACUCACAGAUAAAGAGAAAACCAAUAUUUGCUAUUUGUCUUUUCCAGAUUCUAAUUCAGGUUGUCUUGGGGAUACACAGUUUUGUUUUAGGUUUCGACAAUCUCCUGGAAGGAAAGUCUCAUUGUGUUGUUUUCUGGACCAAUUGGAUAGAGAUCUGCCAGUUUACUUAAAGAAAGAUCCAGCAUAUUACUAUGGUUAUGUGUAUUUCAGACAGGUUCGAGACAAAUCGUUAAAAAGAGGCUACUUCCAGAAGUCACUGGUCCUGAUCAGCAAGCUACCUUAUAUCCAUCUCUUUCACACUAUGCUGAAGCACAUAGCACCAGAAUACUUUGAGAAAAGUGAAGCUUUCCUGGAAGCAGUUUGUAGUGAUGUUGAUCGUUGGCCACCACCAAUUCCAGGGAAAAUACUACACUUGCCUAUCAUGGGCAUUAUAAUGAAGCUGCAGAUUCCAACAUAUCGUGACAAGCCUGGAACAACACCAAUAGUACAGGAUAUGCACCAGGCCGACGCUCAGAUCUCCAUGCCUCUACUGACUGUUCAUGAAGUAAAUCUUUUCAGGUGUUUCUGUCCAGUGUUCUUUCACGUCCAGAUGCUUUGGGAACUAGUACUGCUAGGGGAACCACUUGUCGUGAUGGCACCAUCACCAUCAGAAUCUUCAGAAACUGUGUUGGCGCUUGUUAGUUGCAUUUCACCAUUGAAGUACUGCAGUGAUUUCAGGCCAUACUUCACCAUACAUGACAGUGAGUUCAAAGAAUAUACAACUCGCACGCAAGCCCCACCAUCUGUCAUUCUAGGGGUGACAAAUCCUUUUUUUGCUAAAACACUUCAGCAUUGGCCUCACAUUAUCCGAAUUGGAGAUAUUAAACUUCCAGGUGAAGUUCCAAAGCAGGUGAAAGUGAAAAAGCUGAAGAACCUAAAAACUUUGGACUCCAAACCAGGUGUUUAUACCUCUUACAAGCCAUACUUGAACAAGGAUGAAGAAAUAGUUAAACAGUUACAAAAGGGUGUCCAGAAGAAGCGUCCUAUGGAAGCCCAGAGCGUGAUCCUGCGGCGGUAUUUUUUGGAGUUGACAGAAAGUUUCAUUAUUCCAUUAGAGCGUUAUGUGGCAAGCCUGAUGCCUUUGCAAAAAUGCAUAUCACCGUGGAAGAGCCCACCACAGCUGAGGCAAUUUAGCCAAGAUGACUUCAUGAAGACACUGGAAAAAGCAGGACCACAGCUCACAUCAGGUUUAAAAGGAGACUGGAUAGGACUUUACAGGCAUUUUUUGAAAUCGCCAAACUUUGAUGGUUGGUUUAGAAGCCGGCAGAAAGAAAUGACACAGAAGUUGGAGGCCCUACAUUUAGAAGCACUCUGUAAUGAGAACUUGGUUUUUUGGAGUCAGAAGCAUACUGAAGUGGAAACAGUGGAUCUUGUCUUAAAGUUGAAGAAUAAACUGUUGCAGGCUGACAGAGAACAUCUUCCUGUGAAAACUGACACACUGAAAAAGCUGGAGACACACAUCAAUGAUAUUAUAAGAGCACUUCCAGAUGACUUACAGGACAUUUUGCUCAAAACUGGCACAACGUGAUUUCUACUGGGCUUUUUGCUUGCACAGGAAACAAGGCAAAUACAGUUUCACAGAAGACAGUGACUUGACUUGUGUUCAGAACACAGCUGUAAAUGUAUUAUAACAACACUACAAAUGGACUGUACUAAUUGUAUAGCCACUGUAGCAUUCUCACUGUUUUUUCCACUUAAAUACCGAUGCAACUAAAGGAAUUCCUGUAUCUAAUAAUGUCUGAAAUAAGUGCUCUUAAAGAAAACUCUGUGGGCAUAUGAAACUAUACCACAGUAUAGGACCAAGGCGCAGUGCUGGCAUUGCAGAAUGUUUUCCAAUUGGUGCUGCUAUACCCAAUCCUGUUAACUCAGGGGUAAGCAAUACUCAUCCUGUACUGUUCUGUUGAUGUACUACCCAGUCGCUUUUCUUUCCUUCUAGUUUUUAACUAGUGGUAAGUCCAAGUAGCAUAUUCUGUGAUUUGGUCAAAUUAUAUUGUAGCUGAGGCAUUUUACUAGUAAAUCUUAGCUUUCAAAACUGUUUCGGGGCCAGCUGAAACAGUUGGAUCUAUCCUUUACUUUCUUCCUUUCUCCUUCUUACCAUCUUUCCAAAACCGUAUUAGUUUAGCAUCUUUCAAGAUGAGAAGGCAGCUGACAAACAUUUCCUGAAAGGAAGUCUCUAUCAUUCCAUGUCAGUUAAUUAGGGUGCUCUUAUUGACCUGCCUUAAAUUAUAACUGUGUAACUGGUGGUUUUAAACUGCUGACAUGCAGGAUUUAAAGUGGAUUGCUAGCGUAAAUGUAAGCAUGCAAUAUCCAUCGCAGGAAAUAAACACAGUGGUGUUCUAAUAGGACUUUCAAAAUCCGUGAUUUCAGUAGGGUUAGCUGACAUACGGUCUGUUUCAGUUGGUGAUCAUAGCAGUCAGCUU